AUGAUCAGACAAACUACGAUUAAGCAGCUUGCUGCCAAACGUUGCUUCAAACAGCUAGCGAGCAAAGUGGGCGCUUCUGCACAGGUGAGUGGAUAUCUUCGCUAUUACAGUAAUAUAACACGCAAAUACAGCGCAUCAGCUGCCACAGCAGUAGAUGAGGAAAGGCCCAGACCCGCUCCAAGUUUUAAUGCUGAAACUGCUGAAAAACCAUCUAAGCUAAAUGAAAGACUCCGUCAGGAAUCUGAGAUGGAUACAUCAUUCAUUGGGUUAUCUGGUGGACAGAUAUUUCAUGAGAUGAUGAUUAGACACAACGUGGAUACUGUUUUUGGUUACCCAGGUGGUGCAAUUUUACCUGUGUACGAUGCUAUUCACGAUAGUAAAGCAUUUAACUUUGUAUUGCCAAGACAUGAACAAGGUGCUGGGCACAUGGCAGAAGGCUAUGCCAGAGCGUCUGGUAAGCCAGGUGUGGUGUUGGUUACAUCUGGUCCAGGUGCCACAAACGUCGUCACACCAAUGGCUGAUGCACUUGCUGAUGGUGUCGCAAUGGUUGUUUUCACCGGUCAAGUGGCUACUUCAGCCAUUGGUACGGAUGCAUUUCAAGAAGCUGAUGUCGUUGGUAUAUCUAGGUCUUGUACCAAGUGGAAUGUUAUGGUGAAGACUGUUGAGGAAUUGCCUUUACGUAUCAAUGAAGCUUUUGAAAUUGCUACCAGUGGUAGACCAGGCCCAGUUUUAGUUGAUCUACCAAAAGAUGUGACCGCAGCUAUCUUAAGAAAUCCAAUCCCAACAAAGUCCACCUUGCCAUCGACAGCACUAGCUCAAUUAAUGAAACGCGCCCAAGACGAUUUUACCAAUGACAACAUAAAAAAAGCUGCAGACUUAAUUAACAUUGCUAAGAAACCUGUUUUAUAUGUUGGUGGAGGUAUCCUAAAUAAUGUGGAUGGCCCAAGAUUAUUAAAGGAAUUAAGUGACCGCGCCCAAAUUCCAGUUACCACUACGCUACAAGGUUUAGGUACUUAUAAUCAAGAAGAUCCAAAAUCGCUAGAUAUGUUAGGUAUGCAUGGUUGUGCAACAGCUAAUUUUGCUAUUCAAAAUGCAGAUUUAAUUAUCGCUGUUGGUGCCAGAUUUGAUGAUCGUGUAACUUGUUGUAUUCCAAAGUUUGCGCCUGAAGCCCGUCGGGCAGCUCUAGAAAAAAGAGGUGGUAUUAUUCAUUUCGAAAUCUCCCCAAAAAAUAUUAACAAAAUCAUUGACACUCAGGUAUCUGUUGAAGGCGAUGCUGCUGCUAAUUUGGAAAAAUUGCUUCCUUCGGUAUUCCCCGUUAAGGAGAGACCUCAGUGGUUAGGUCAAAUUAAGAAAUGGAAAGAAGAAUACCCUUACGCAUACAUGAAAGAAACUCCAGGCUCCAAGAUCAAACCUCAAACUGUUAUUUCCAGACUCUCUGAAAUAGCUAAUGCUAGUGGUAGACCAGUUAUUGUCACUACAGGUGUUGGUCAACAUCAAAUGUGGGCGGCCCAGCAUUGGACUUGGAAAACACCUCGUACUUUCAUCACUUCCGGUGGCUUGGGUACUAUGGGAUUUGGUCUACCAGCUGCUAUAGGUGCUCAGGUCGCAAAGCCAGAUGCUAUGGUAAUUGAUAUCGAUGGUGAUGCCUCUUUCAGUAUGACUUUGAUGGAAUUGGCGUCUGCAGUUCAAGCUGGUACUCCCAUCAAAAUUCUGUUACUAAACAAUGAAGAGCAAGGUAUGGUUACACAAUGGCAAUCAUUGUUCUAUCAACACCGUUACUCCCACACACAUCAACUGAAUCCUGAUUUUGUAAAAUUGGCGGAAGCUAUGGGAUUGAAGGGAAUGCGUCUGUCAAACCAAAAGGACAUCGACUCAACUUUAAAAGAGUUUGUCGAUUGUAAAGGCCCAGUUUUAUUGGAAGUCGAAGUUGAACCAAAGGUCCCUGUCCUGCCAAUGGUCCCAGCAGGUAAAGGAUUGGAUGAGUUCAUCAACUUCGAUCCAGACAUGGAAAGAGAACAAAAUGAACUGCGCUUCAAACGUACUGGCGGUAAACAUUAA